UGAGAUCUGUUGCUGGUUAUGACUUGGAUAGCAACUCAUAUAAAACCCCAUCAUUGGCUUUAAAAUUGGGUCACAGUUUGGCUAAGGUUGCAGGCAUUGUGCAAUGCAAUGCCAUCAUUGCAAAUCGCAAUGCUGUCGCAGAGUCUGCCAAGCAAUUCUCCACUCUGUAUGAGAAAAGAUGGGCGGAAUCCAUUUCAAGUGCCACACUGGGUACACUUCAUCAAGCCAAAUGGAAUAAACCACAUGUUUUGCCCUUUACACAGGAUGUGUCUCUGCUGCACAAGUUUCUUGCUACUGAGCGUGCUAAGUGCAUGAAGGACCUUGAGGAAGAACCCAACAUCAAAAGCUUUGGGAAUCUUGCACAAGUGACUUUGACGCAGGUGGUACUAUUUAACAGAAGAAGGCAAGGGGAAGUUUCAAAAAUGGAACUCCAGGCUUUCACAUCCAGAAAUCGUACAGAGUUGAAUCCUGACAUUAUGAUGGGCCUUACUGAGUUUGAGAGGAAGGUUGCAAAGUACUUUGCCAGAGUUGAGAUUCGAGGUAAAAGGUCACGAAUGGUGCCCGUGCUUCUCACACCUGACAUGAUCACUGCAAUGGAUCUCCUCAUUAAAAACAGGAAUGAGUGUCAAGUCCACACAGAGAAUGUGUACUUGUUUGCACGCCCAUGUGUGCUUUCCCAUUACAGAGGCUCUGACUGCUUCCGCAAGUAUUCAAAACAAUGUGGUGCAAAAAACCCAGAGUCACUCACCUCAACAAGAUUGAGGAAACAAGUUGCCACUUUGUCAACAGUACUAAACUUAAAAGAAAAUGAAAUGGAUCAACUUGCUACCUUUCUAGGACAUGAUAUAAGGGUCCACAGGGAAUUCUAUCGGCUUCCAGAGAGUACCCUGCAGCUUGCAAAAGUUAGCAAACUGUUGAUAGCAAUGGAAAAAGGAAGACUGUCUGACCUGCAAGGGAAAGGGCUGGAUGACAUUGAGAUCAAUCCUGGAGAUGAAGUAGGCACGAGUGAUGAUGAUUCCAGUGAAGAAACCAUUGCUGACCUACAUCAACAUGAAGGCUCAAGAACUGAGACUUCUGGGGAUCGGACACUUCUGAGGCACUCGCAUGCUUCAACCACCCUGGAUCAUUUGGGGGGCACUUCUGCCUCAACCGUCUUGGACAACGUAAAUGUCAGCAACACUCAACCAAGACAUGAUUCCCAGCAGAACACAGCACUUCAAAUGGUUACAUCCCAAACUUCUUCAAAGGGCUCCACUGCAAAGCAAGCUGGGAAGGUGAGGAGCAAGUGGACAGGUAAUGAAGUGAAGGCUGUGGAGCGGCACAUGAUUCAUUUCAUAACCAGCUGCAAGGUGCCAGGUAAAAAGGACUGUGACUCCUGCCUCCAGGCAGAACCAGUGGCUCUGAAAGACAGAGACUGGGUUGCAAUCAAAUACUACAUUCACAACAGAAUCAUAUCAAUUGAAAAGGAAGAUGAAUAGAUAGAACUAGAACAUGCCAACUGUGGCUCAGGUGCAAUUUAAUUUCUGUUGAACUUAGAAAAUUGCUCACUGUGUGCUGUUAUAAUCAGUGUCACCUUAGAUAUCCAGUGAAAAUGUUGGUAAUGGGUUUCGUUUUGAUAUUCUCAUUUUCAUUCAAGGAUUGCUAUUGAUGAUUUCUUGUACAAGCAUUCCACCUAGUUUUGACUGAAGCUGCCAUGUUGACAUGUAUUCAUGAGGGCUAUUGAUUUUUUUUUUUUUUUUUUUUGGAUCUGUCACAGUUGGUUUCGUGUUUGGCUUCACGUUUGUUUUAAUGUCUCUUAUUUUGUAAUCUCGUCAUGUUUCAGCUCCCGGUCUUGUCAUGUGAUUCCCUUCUCAUCAUGUGAUCAUGUCAUAUGCUUCCCUAGUCUUGUGUUAUGUUCCUAUUGGUUGGUUUAGUUGUCAUAUCCUGAUUGGUUCCCUUGUUUCAUGUGUCUUGUUCUCAUUGGUUGUUGUAGUCAUGUGAUCCCGCUAGUCCUGUAUAAAUACUCCUCAUGUUUCCAUAGUCUCUUGUUGAGUAUUGUGAUUGUUUUCUGUAACCGCUGCCGGUGAGUUCUCUGACAAGUCUGUUCCAAGUCAGGUCUGUUCAUGCUUCAGGUCUGUUCCUGCUUCAGGUCUAUUCAUGCUUCAGGUCUGAUCCUGCUUUAGGUCUGUUCCUGCUUCAAGUCAAGUCUGUUCUAGUCGAGUCAUCGUUUAUGUUGUAUCUGUUCACGUUUGGAAAUAAACUGCACAUGGGUUCAUCACUUCAACUUGCCUCCAGUGGACCUACGUUACAUUAUCCCCACCCUUCAGACAUUUUUUUUUCUUUUUUUUUUUUCUUACUACUUCAGGAUCCAUAUCAUAAUGCAUUGUUUCAAUUAACUGACAUCAUUUUUUUCAUAGAAUAAGGUUUAAAAGUAUAUGUAAUCUAUACCCUCAGUGUCAACAAGCAAGUACUUAAAGGGAUUGUUACUUUCACACAUAUUUCCCAGGUUUUCAGUGUUGCUUUGUUUUUGCACAAGUUGUUUAAUGUGCUCUUUCAGCUAUUGAAAAAUCCUUAUGAGUGGGUGUUACUUUUAACAGGCCUUGUGUGUUAAAUUCCAUUAACAUAAUUGGGAUGUACAUUCUGACAUUAUUAAACUGGUUAGCUGAACACACUGUAAUGUUUCAGGCUGAAGCUUUAAUAAUGUAUUCAUAAUUUUCUUCUUUAUAGAAUGACGCUAAAGAGAGUAGUUCUUUAAAGGACAAUUCCGGCGCAAAAUGAACCUAGGGGCGAUGCAUUGAGAACUUUGUAAGUGUACAAACAGUUUAAUAAGAAGAUGCUUAAUAAAGACAGUACAUUACACGUAUACAGGCAGGAGCCAUCUUGGAAAACAGUC